CAAUAUAAAUCGUUAAAUCAGUUAGAGGUUAAGCUUCAUCCUCUUAUCCUUCUUCACUAAGGCCAAGAGUCACCACCACAAUACAGCUACAACCCCUCUUUCUCCUCUAGCAUACAAUUCAUCACCUGAAACUCGGUCCAACCCAGUGACCCAGCUCAGUUGAUGGCAUUGUUCAGUCCCCAGUUGGAGAGAUUUCUAUUAAGCAAGCUCCACUAUGGCAGCUCCAACUUUAAAACCACUAGUACCAAGAACUUGAACAACUUUGUUCCAGUGAGACCAAUAAGUCAAUGCUCUGCCAUUGCAAUAGACGCACCAUCGUCUCUAACUGAUGUUGCUGGGGUCCGUUGGGGGUCUGCGAGCUUGCAGGGCGCACGUGAAGAGAUGGAAGAUUAUAUUAUUGUUCGGUCAGAUGGCCUUGAUGGGUACUCUUUUGCUGGGGUUUUUGAUGGACAUGGUGGUAUCUCUUCUGUCGAAUUCCUCAGAUGCAGGGAUGAGCUGUACAAGGAGUGUGUUGCAGCUUUACAAGGUGGCUUGCUAUUGAGUGGAAAAGAUUUCAAUGCCACAAGAAAAGCAUUAACAGAGGCUUUUGAAAAUGUGGAUAAAAAGUUGUUAAAUUGGCUUGAAACAAUUGGUGAGGAAGAUGAAUCAGGUUCAACAGCCACCGUUAUGUUCAUUGGAAACAAUAUGCUUAUCGUUUCGCAUAUUGGUGACUCAUGCCUGGUUCUGUCUCGUUCUGGAAAAGCUGAAGUUUUGACUGAAUCCCAUCGACCUUAUGGGAGCAACAAGGUUUCUCUUCAAGAAAUCAAAAGAAUCAGGGAAGCAGGUGGCUGGAUCAGCAAUGGAAGAAUCUGUGGAGAUAUAGCUGUAUCACGUGCUUUCGGAGAUAUAAGGUUCAAGACAAAGAAAAACGAGAUGCUGCAGAAAGGAGUUAAGGAAGGGAGAUGGUCUGAAAAAUUUAUUUCUAGAGUGCAAUUCAAUGGGGACUUGAUGACUGCAUCUCCAGAUGUAUUUCAAGUAGCUCUGGGUUCAGAUGCUGAAUUUAUAAUGUUAGCAUCUGACGGUUUAUGGGAUUACAUGAACAGCUCAGAUGCAGUUUCUUUUGUCAGGAACCAACUUCGGCAACAUGGAGAUGUUCAGCUAGCUUGCGAAGAACUUGCACAAGCAGCUUUGGAUCUACGUUCACAAGACAAUGUUAGCAUCAUUAUUGCUGAUUUAGGGCAAACGGAUUGGCGAAAUUUGCCACUACAGAAACAAAAUAUAUUGCUCGAGUUCGGCCAAGCUAUUGCCACCAUCGGUGUUGUGUCACUUGGAAUUUGGUUGUCAUCUCAGCUUUCUUUAUAAAUGCAACAGCUUCUGCCAGUGUAAAUAAAACAACAUAGAUUUGCAUAUUUUUGGCUCACAUAAGCAUGUCUAUGUCAACAUUUUUAUGCUCAUGGUUUAGGCAAGUCAUUACUCAUGGUGUUGCCUCAUAAUCUACUUUGUGAUGUUAGCAUUA